UCACUCUGCCUAUCUCUAAUUACAGUGAUGCUCAUCCUGGUUAUGGCAUUUUUUCUACUCUUCUUCAGCUCGUUUCAAUUCAAUUAUACCAACGGCCCUUUAUGAAGAUCAAAUCUAGAAAUCUCACCUCUUUCGCCGCUUCAAUCAGAACCCAAUUCCAUUUCAACUCCAUUUGAGUUCAAAUUCCCAACUCUCUGAUCCAAUGGCCACCAAAAGAAACUUCCUUUCUCUCUUUCUUCUCCUCUCCUUAUCUUCCCUCCUUCUUUUCUCCUUCUACCGUUCAUAUCUACCCCUCUCAACUCUUUCCCACUCAUCACUACCCACUUCCCAGACCUUCAAUUAUCCUAAAUCACAACAGGGUUUCACCGUUACUAUCAAACUCCUGACAUUUGAUCGCGUCGCCUCACUCUCCCGCUGUCUCCGAUCUCUAGCCAGAGCUGAUUACGGUACCGACAAGGUGAAUCUCCACAUACUCAUUGAUCAUUUCAGAAACGAAAGUGGAAAUCUUAAUAGGGAUUCCUAUUUGGAUUCCAAAUUAAAUGAAACGCGUCAGAUCCUCAAUUUUGUUGAUGGGUUUGAAUGGAGAUUCGGAGAGAAGGUCGUUCAUUACCGUACUGCAAAUGUUGGGUUGCAAGCGCAGUGGUUGGAAGCGUGGUGGCCUAUUUCUGAUGAUGAGUUUGCUUUUGUAGUAGAAGAUGAUCUUGAAGUUUCUCCAUUGUAUUACAGAUUCUUGAGAGGCCUUAUUUCUCAUUACUACUAUAAUGCUUCAAAUUUUAGUCCUUCCAUUUAUGGAAUUUCUCUGCAACGACCAAGGUUUGUCCCAGGUAAACACGGAAACAAGUUACAGUUGCAUAAAAAUGUGACCUUGUUCUUGUACCAGCUGGUUGGAACUUGGGGUCAGCUUCUAUUUCCAAAACCAUGGAAAGAAUUCCGUCUAUGGUACGAUAUACACAAGGCUAAGAGCAUCAAACCCUACCUUGAUGGCAUGGUGACAACAGGUUGGUACAAAAAGAUAGGCGAGAGGAUAUGGACACCUUGGUUCAUAAAAUUUAUCCAUUCUCGUAACUAUUUCAACAUUUAUACCAAUUUUCAACACGAGAGAGCGCUCAGUGUUUCACACAGGGAUGCUGGUGUAAAUUAUGGAAAAACUGCUGGGCCAGAUUCUUAUUUAUUAGAUGAAAAUACCCUUGGAUCCAAGUUUUUCCAGUUUCAGCAGCCAUUGAGUGAGCUAAAAUGGUAUGAUUUCUGCUUCAGAGAAGUAUAUCCUAACCGAAUAGCUAAGAGUUUAGAUGAACUCGGUUCGAUCCUUCUUUCAGUGCAGAAGCUUGAUACAGUUAUUUUCGUGAGCCUGUUUGGAUCAUCCGGGGAAGCUAUCAUAAAUAACUUGUUAUGUCAAUUUGAGAGGGUUAAUAUACGAAAUUAUGUAUUUAUUGGGCCAAAUUCGGAUUUUCUGUAUGAACUUGCAAGGAAAGGCCAUCCUGUUAUUGAUGCUGACCGAUUUCAUUAUACCCAAAAUCUCAAAACCGAUUCAAUGAUUUUCGAGAUUAUAUCAAAGUCUUUGGAGAUGGGAUAUAAUGCUUGGCUGGUAAAUGGAAAUUUGAUGCUUCCCAUCAGCAGUGAUACAUUUCUGAUUCCAAUUGACCGCAGUUAUGAUUUCUACAUCGGAAAUAGCUUUGAAUAUUUCCUAGUGAGAAGUUCCUCUUCUGCGUUGAAAAUUUGGGGUGAGAAUUUGAUUAAGAAAGUUGGGAAGGAAAAUAUAGGGAAUUUGAUUCAUUUGGUGGGAAGAAGAUUGGAGAUGGUGGGUGCUAAAGUUGGGAGAAUUGAUGAAAUAGGCUAUUAUAAUAUGAAGAUUGAUGUUGAAAAUGUAAAUCAAACAGGGAUUAGGAAUGAAACGAGGAUGGUAUCGUGGUCUUCUGAGAGGGUACUGGAUUUUGUAGAGAAACGACUCGUAGAAUUGGGAUUGUGGGGUUUGGAUUCUGAUUCUUUGUCUUGUAAAUCUGUUGUCUGCCAUAAGAGUUCUUAACAAAUUUGCAGUUUUUAUUUUGGGGAUCGAAUUCGAAAUCUCGAAUGUGUAAGAACAGGCCACAUUGGAGUCUUGUUCUUGAGAAUAUUUGUAUCUUUUGGCUCCUUUUAAAUGUAGCAACUAGAUUUCAUAUGUAAGGUAUUUGUUGUUUAUUCUA